ACAUGCGGACACCGAACACCGCAUUCGACAAACGCGAGAGCUGCAGCGGACAAUCCCGAUUGGUGCCGAUAGCGACGUCGGUGAUUCCGCAACACAGGCAAAGCGAGCUGCAACAGAGCCACAUGUUUAAGCCGUCUAUUUGGACCGAAUUGUACCGGUAUUUGCUGUUUCAGAAGAAGAGUAAUAUAUUUAAAUAUCCAAUUGAGGCUGUGACGUUUACUAUGAAUUGUUCACUUAAGGUCUCGCAGGAAACAUAGCGGACUACAGCCGGCGAAUUCAAGCGGAGCCGAACGGUUAACAUUAGCUAGCUUUAGCCUGUUAGCUAUCCGUUAGCUCAGAAGCCGCUAUCUCGUCAACUCGCCAGACACCUGCACGCCAAGCUGUCCCGCGUUGAAGCUAAUUAUUCCGUGACGGUCAACACCGUGGGAUCCUCGCUCCUAUUUUCAUCAAGUAUUUUUUUUGUUUUAAGUCCCGAGGUCACACUAAAGGAGGAGAGAACCGUGACAGGUUGAAGCUGGGACCAGCAGGGACCAGCAAUACAAGCCGUGUCCUCAAGUGGUCGUUCACCAUGGACAACACACACACAAAGACGGUUGAAGAAGUUUACAGCUUUUUUAACGUGAAUGAAAGCACAGGUCUGAGUUUAGAGCAAGUUAGGAAACAACGGGAACGUUAUGGACCAAACGAAUUGCCAGCGGAGGAGGGUAAAUCCCUUUGGGAACUAGUGGUUGAACAGUUUGAAGAUUUGCUUGUGAGGAUCCUUUUACUCGCCGCCUGCAUAUCAUUUGUGCUGGCUUGGUUCGAAGAGGGAGAAUCAACCGUUACAGCCUUCGUGGAGCCUUUUGUUAUCCUGCUCAUUCUCAUAGCAAACGCCAUCGUAGGAGUCUGGCAGGAGCGAAAUGCAGAAAAUGCCAUUGAAGCCCUUAAGGAGUAUGAGCCAGAGAUGGGGAAGGUGUACCGUCAGGACAGAAAAAGUGUCCAGAGAAUCAAAGCCAGGGACAUUAUGCCCGGGGACAUCGUGGAGGUGGCAGUUGGAGAUAAAGUGCCCGCAGACAUCAGGCUCUGCUCCAUCAAGUCAACAACACUGAGGGUAGACCAAUCAAUUCUUACAGGAGAGUCUGUGUCUGUGAUCAAACACACCGACCCUGUGCCAGACCCGCGUGCCGUCAACCAGGACAAAAAGAACAUGCUCUUCUCUGGCACCAACAUUUCAUCUGGUAAGGCUGUGGGUGUGGUGGUGGCCACAGGGGGCAGCACAGAGAUCGGCAAAAUCCGAGAUGAGAUGGCAGCAACGGAGCAGGAGCGCACGCCGCUGCAGCAGAAACUGGACGAGUUCGGACAGCAACUAUCCAAGGUCAUUACGCUAAUCUGCAUCGCUGUGUGGCUCAUCAAUAUUGGACAUUUCAACGACCCGGUCCAUGGAGGCUCCUGGAUCCGAGGUGCCGUUUACUACUUCAAGAUCGCUGUGGCUCUGGCAGUUGCUGCAAUCCCAGAGGGUCUACCUGCUGUCAUCACUACUUGCCUGGCUUUGGGAACUCGGCGCAUGGCCAAGAAGAAUGCCAUUGUCCGCAGUUUGCCGUCUGUAGAGACCCUUGGCUGUACAUCUGUCAUCUGCUCUGACAAGACCGGCACGCUGACCACCAAUCAGAUGUCCGUGUGCAGGAUGUUCAUCGUUGAUCAGGUAGAGGGUGAUAGCUGUUCGCUAAAGGAAUUCACUAUCACUGGCUCGACAUAUGCCCCGGAGGGAGAAGUGUUCCUUGAUGGCAAACAAGUCAAAUCCUCCCAGUAUGAUGCCUUGGUAGAGCUGGCCUCUAUCUGUGCUCUGUGUAACGAUUCCUCACUGGACUAUAAUGAGAACAAAGGGGUGUUUGAGAAGGUGGGCGAGGCCACAGAGACGGCUCUCACGUGCCUGGUGGAGAAGAUGAACGUGUUCGAUACGGAUGUCAAAGGCCUGUCAAAGAUCGAGAGAGCCAACGCCUGUAACUCUGUGAUCAAGCAGCUGAUGAAGAAAGAGUUUACGCUGGAAUUCUCCAGAGACAGGAAGUCCAUGUCUGUGUACUGCACUGCAAAUAAGGCCCGAUCCUCUGUUGGCAAGAUGUUUGUAAAGGGGGCCCCUGAGGGAUUGAUUGACAGGUGUACGCACAUCCGUGUGGGCAGUGACAAGGUGCCCUUGACCCCUGGCAUCAAGGAAAAAGUGUUGUCAGUGAUCAAGGAGUAUGGAAGCGGCAGAGACACUCUGCGCUGUCUGGCUCUCGCUACCCGAGACCACCGCUUGGUCAGAGAGGAGAUGAAGUUGGAGGACUCCGCCCGCUUUGUUGACUAUGAGACUGACCUGACCUUUGUUGGCUGUGUGGGCAUGCUGGAUCCUCCCAGGACGGAGGUGGCAGCCUCCAUCAGACUCUGCCGCCUCGCAGGCAUCAGAGUCAUUAUGAUCACUGGAGACAACAAGGGGACGGCCGUGGCUAUCUGCAGACGCAUUGGCAUCUUCGGAGAGAACGACGAUGUUUCCAGCAUGGCGUUCACCGGCCGAGAGUUCGACGACCUGUCGCCCGCUGCACAGAGAGAAGCUGUGCUGAAGACACGCUGCUAUGCCCGUGUGGAGCCUUCACAUAAAUCCAAGAUUAUCGAGUACCUGCAGUCCUAUGAUGAGAUCACAGCUAUGACUGGUGAUGGAGUGAACGACGCCCCUGCUCUAAAGAAGGCUGAAAUCGGUAUUGCCAUGGGUUCAGGCACGGCUGUUGCCAAGAGCGCGUCAGAGAUGGUGCUGGCUGACGACAACUUCUCCACCAUCGUCGCUGCAGUGGAGGAAGGCAGAGCCAUUUACAACAACAUGAAGCAGUUCAUCAGAUACCUCAUCUCUUCCAAUGUGGGCGAAGUUGUCUGCAUCUUCCUGACCGCGGCGCUGGGAUUCCCUGAAGCCCUCAUCCCGGUGCAGCUGCUCUGGGUCAACCUGGUGACCGACGGUCUGCCCGCCACCGCUCUAGGAUUCAACCCACCGGACCUGGACAUCAUGACCAAGCCCCCCCGCAACGCCCGCGAGCCCCUCAUCUCAGGAUGGCUCUUCUUCAGAUACCUCACCAUUGGAUGUUAUGUGGGUGCUGGCACUGUGGGUGCUGCUGCCUGGUGGUUUGUUGCUGCUGAGGAUGGACCAAGGAUCACCUUUUACCAGCUGAGCCACUUCCUGCAGUGUGGCCCAGAGAAUCCAGAGUUCACAGAUCUGGACUGUAAGGUGUUUGAGUCUCCUUACCCCAUGACCAUGGCCCUGUCUGUGCUGGUCACCAUAGAGAUGUGCAAUGCCCUGAACAGCGUGUCAGAGAACCAGUCCCUGGUGAGGAUGCCUCCCUGGGAGAACGUGUGGCUGCUGGGAGCCAUCUGCCUCUCCAUGUCCCUUCACUUCCUCAUCCUCCACGUGGAGCCUCUUCCAAUGAUCUUCCAGAUCACCCCUCUGAAUAUGACCCAAUGGCUGGUGGUGCUUAAGAUCUCCCUGCCUGUCAUCCUACUUGACGAGUUCCUCAAGUUCGCCGCCAGGAACUACAUGGAGCCCGGUAAAGAGCUGGAGAAGCCGGCCGGCUCCAAAGGCUGCUGCCUGCCUGCAUGCUUGGAGGGCAUCUCCUGGCCCUUUGUGGCCCUUACCAUCCCCCUGGUGGGCUGGAUCUACAGCACCGACACUAACAUGGCCGACAUGUUCUGGUCCUGACUGACUUGAGCACAAUCUCGACUUUUUCCCAUUUUCCUCCCCCGCCCCUCACCGCCAUCACCUCCCUCUGCCCUCUCCCCUCUCUGCCUUCCUACGUGUGUGCAUAGCUUGCGUGUGAGCGUGUUUGUAGAGUUAGCGUGUGUACUAGUGCGUGCCUGCCUACCACCUGUGAGCGAGAAGGACCAACAUAAAACGUAAUGGAUAAUAUAAAAUGUGAACCGAGAAGACACCUGGUUAGCGUUAGGAUAGGAUAUUUGAACGGGUGAGGCUUUAAAUGCGAGUGUAAGAAAAUCACCACUCCCGUAGCUGUGGACUUUGUUGCUUGUCUGUAAGAAAAAUAUACUGUUGACAGUUAUUUUAUUAUUAUUAUUAUUUUCAAUAUUGCCUUUAAGGUUUAUAUUUACUAUUCUGGGAGUAUCAGUUGUCCUAUGUCACUACAGUAACAGUUAUGUUUAGCUUCUCUCUUCUUGAAUAGAAAGUUAAGAAAUCCAUCAUCUGUACAGAGAUAGAAUUUUAUGCAACUUUUUUUAUGGCUUCGUCAAUUGUUCGACCACUGUGGCUUUGACUUGGCGCCUUCAUUUAUGUUCACGUUUACCAUUGUGUCUUCAGUAUAUCAACUCGGAACUCUUUCAGAGAGGACAAGCUCCGUGUGGCGGACGGGGAAAGGUUUGGGAGUAAACGUUCGAUUGCUCCGCUUUAACAAAAAGAAAAAAAAAAUAUUUGAAAACAAAAACGCUGCAUGUCUUGUGACCAAGCAUGAACUGUAUGUGGUUUCUCAUUUCUAAUUUAAUUGUGAAUGUCCCCCCCCCCCCAUGGUAGAGUUUAAAUUAACCUCAUGGAUGUACUUUUUUUUACUAUAAUGAUUUGAAAACAAGCCAGUUUUUCUGCACUGGGCAGAGCACAGCUACCUCAAUGUGAUAACAAUAAUCUCUUUGUUUUGCUCAUCUCGAGAUGCUUUUCCCUACAGGGUUUUGCUAAAGCGUAACAUCUGAGGUGUGCCCCUAUUUGCUUGUGCAAAAAACGAAGAACAAAACAUUUCCUUCCCCUUUAACAUUUUUAAGGAUAUAUUUUGUUUGUACUGAUUUCUGACGUUCAUUAACUUUAUUUGUGUUUUGCUUCGGAGACAGAACUGAGAGGGGAUGAUGUUAUUUACCAUCUCAUGGCGUUUGAUUCAAAGGACAGUAAUGUUCAAAUCCUAAGACAAAAAAAAUACUAAUGCAGAAAGUACUCCAAAUGAACUUGGAUUGCAAGAACCCAAAAUGUUGUUUUUUACUUUAAGGAAAUAUACACUCAUAAACCCUUUGAAUCAAA